CUACGCUGCAGUCCGGACGCACAUGUAGUAGUAAAUACAAACUGUGUGGACGUAAAUACUUCUCCACUCACUCGCGGUUUUGCGAUUUCGCUCGGUGUAAUACGGCUUUGUUAAAUGUUUUUAUAUAGUAACGGUGUCUGUUAUAUGGUUUUACGUUCAGUAUCAAGAAGCUUAAAUCUGUCAUCUCGCAAAAGAGAAUGUAUCCGAAUGACAACACGUCUGUAUUCCAGGCGAUCUGUAAAGGAUGAUCACAGGAUAAAGAAAGGCUUUGAGAGAAAGCUGCGUUGUGUUUAUGAGCAGUUUGCUGAUGUGCCUGACACCAAUGUGUUCCAGGGACUCCAUCAUGUGUAUACAGUGGAAGACCAUGGAGUAUACAGAGCGAAACAUGGAGAAGAUGCGCAUGAGGUUGAGCCACUACUCAGUGCUGACUGGGCAGGUGAUGCGGACAGGACUAUUCAGAGGGUCAGACUCUCUCCGUCUGAGUCCAUGUUGGCGGCUACACUGAAGAGCAACCACAGUGAAGCGUCUAGAUGCCUGAUAGUUCGAUUAGAACCCUGUGCUAUUCCCCAGGAGCCCAUGCUUAUCCUUGACAACGUGUUUAGCUUUGAGUGGGCCACUGAUGAUGUGUUGUACUACACCACUCAAGAAGGGCUCCGGUGUAGACAUGUUUGUCGACUUCACCUUACAAACACUGGCACUUACAGCAUGCUGGUUUAUGAAGAAAAAGAUCCUGAGUUCUUCGUAGAGGUCAUUCGUACAAAAGACCAGAGGCUUCUGACUAUAAACUGCAGCAGUAAGAGCAGCUCUGAGGUUUGGAUGAUUGACAGCAGGUCUCCUCUGUCGCCCCCUAAACUAGUACAGCGUCGGCAGCCUGGUUUGCUGUAUCACGUAGAGCACUAUGACAACCAGCUGUACAUCCUCGCCAACACUGGCCCAAGCCAUGAGUACGAGCUGCUGAGGACCCCCCUGUCCUCUCCUGCCAUGUGUUAUUGGGAGCCUGUAUUCAGCCCUGGACCUGGAGCAGUCAUUAAAGACAUGGAGAUGCUACCAGAUCACUGUGUGUUCAUAGUGAGGGGGCCUCAGGGUCGACUUCAACUGCAGACCUUGCCAUUAAAAACUCUGAAUGAUCUGCGCAUUCACCAUCUCCCGUCCUGGGCCUGUGCCGUAGAGACCGAGCACUCUGACACACUGAAGAGGAAUGUAUUCCGCUUCCUCCUGUCCUCCCCGGUUCAUCCCCCUCACCGCUUCCUCUUAUCUCCUACAGAUGAGCGACCCCUCUCCUGUGAGGAGGUGCUUCAACACACUGCCCUCCCUGAGUGUCACACCACCCGCCUGCAGGCCAUCAGCCAGGAUGGGACUGCAGUACCUUUGACACUUUUUCACACAAAAUCACUGGCUGAUCUGAGUGAUGUUCCACUCUUGGUCCAUGUAUAUGGUGCUUAUGGCGUGGAUCUCAGCAUGGCCUUCAGUCCUGAAAAGAGGCUACUGUUGGAGGACAACUGGGCUUUGGCCUACUGUCAUGUCAGGGGUGGUGGUGAGUGUGGUCUGACCUGGCAUCGAGCAGGGUGUUUGCAGCAUAAGCAGAAAGGAGUGGAGGAUCUCACUGCCUGUAUUCAGACUCUCUUUCAGUCCGGAGUGUCUCAGCCUGAACUUACUGCCCUCACUGCACACAGUGCAGGAGCUGUCCUAGCUGGUGCACUGUGCAACCAACAACCUCACCUCCUCAGAGCCGUCCUCAUGCAGGCACCUUUUUUGGAUGUUCUUAGCACCAUGCAGGACUCGUCCCUUCCAUUAACAGUGGAGGAGAGAGGGGAGUGGGGUGACCCGCUUGCGUAUACACGGGACUGGGACAACAUUGCCUCUUACUGUCCCUAUCAUAAUAUUACUCCUCAGCUCUAUCCAUCCAUGCUGAUCACUGCGUACUCUGAGGACAGCAGGGUGCCUCUAGCAGGUGUGUUAAAGUACGUGAAAAAACUCAAGAAGGCCAUCCAGACACAUACCAGGAACCUCAGGACUAAGGGACAUGUCCCAGCUGUCAUUCUGAAUCGUCAGCCAGGUGGAGAUCACUUUGGUCCAGAGGAUUAUGACCAGUCCAUCUGUGAGCAGGAUUUGGCAUUUGCCCGCACUGUCAAAAGCGCCAAAAGUUGGUUAGAUGACCAUGGUGUUGGUGUGCUUGAAUGUCACCAGACCUGAACCCCAUAGACAAUCUAUGGAGUAUUGUCAAGAGGAAAAUGAGAAACAAGAGACCAAAAAAUGCAGAUGAGCUGAAGGCCAAUGUCAAAGAAAUCUGGGCUUCCAUACCACCUCAGCAGUGCCACAGACUGAUCACCUCCAUGCCACGCUGAAUUGAGGCAGUAAUUAAAGCAAAAGGAGUAUUUGUACAUAUCGAGUACAUAUACAGUAAAUAUACUUAUAUUAAAAAACACUUUCCAGAAGGCCAACAAUUCACUAAAAAUGUUUUUUUUUUAUUGGUCUUAUGAAGUAUUCUAAUUUUUGUAAUAGUGAAUUGGUGGCUUUUUGUUAAAUGUGAGCCAAAAUCAUCAGAAUUAAAAGUACCAAAGACUUAUAUAAAUUCAGUACACACAGACUGAAGUAGUUUAAUACACAAGUUUCACUAUUUGAGUUGAAUUACUGAAAUAAAUGCACUUUUCCACGAAAUUCUAAUUUACUGAUCUCACGUAGCCACACUAAAACGUAGCGACUCCGGAUAGCAAGUGUUUGCACCAGAACUACCUACUGUAUAUAAUCCUUUAUACAUAUAUAUUAAUAAAUCAUUUUUGCAAACUAUAUUGAUCUCCCCCUGUUUUGGUAUGAUGGGGUCUUGUGUAUAGAUUCAAGACAUCCUGUGUAAUCGCAGUUAAGAACAAUAAUCGCAGUUUCUGGUUCUAAAACCGCAAAAUGUUGAUAAGGGGUGAAUACUUGUGCCAGACAUUUUUGUUGCUGUUUUACUUAUCAGAUGUUGCUGUACAAUGUUCCAAUAAAGCUGCACAAUUAAAGUUUCUGUAACUCAUUAACUCAUCAUCUCUUGGCUCAUUAACUCAUUUUUGAAAAUUAUCAUUUUUGGCGUUAUCUAACAAAGCCUUUGAUCCUUGUUUAGCAAUAAAAUACUUUUACUGUACCAAGAAACAGAGAUACAGCUACAGAAUCAUGCCUCAAUGUUCACAGUUUUUAAUUGUACAGUAUCUAAUCUCAGAACACGAUAUCCUGAUUCGUUUUAAUCCUGCGCGCACUUGAUUUCUCUUGCAGAUUGCACGGCAGUUAGCUUUCCUCUACGCAACACUGGGACUCAGCCUCCAUGGAUCCAGACAGAACAAAAGAGGAAGCUAUUCAUGAGGAAGAUUUGGCGAAAUCUGAUAUUAUUCUAAACUGUGAGCUAAUGUACUUGUGAAUAAAGCAUAUGAAUUAUUUUAACAAA